AAUCCAGCUUCUUGUGACUACUGAUAGCUUUAACAGAAAUCCACCUAAGAGAUACUGAGAAGCCAAUCUGAACUGAUACCUCAUCUUGGAAACAUAUUAUUUCAAAGUCAAGCAGCACAAAAUUCUGUUGAGGCCAUACUAUGGGGUACUGGGCAAAAUUGAAGUCUUCUGGAUGGGCUUACCCCACCAUAGUGCUGUCAAUCUAUGGCUUUCUUGCUAAUUGCCGAGUAGCAGAGCCCUUCCUUACACCUUACCUAAUUGGACCAAACAAGAACAUUUCUGAAGAGGUGGUGACCAACUAUCUGUUUCCUGUUUGGACAUACUCAUACCUGGCCUUUCUUUUUCCAGUUUUCCUCCUGACUGACUUUCUGAAGUACAAACCUGUCAUUGUAGUACAGGGACUCUUUCUUGUCAGCAACUAUCUCUUGCUAUCAUUUGCCCCUGGUCUGCCUGCAAUGACCUUCCUUCAGGUCAACUUUGGAAUAGUGACUUCAACAGAGGUUGCCUACUUCUCUUAUAUUUACAGCGUGAUUCCGCUAAAAAGCUAUCAAAAAGCUACAAGUUACCUGCGUAGCGCCAUGCUGACGGGAUAUACAUUUGGUGCCAGCCUUGGCCAAAUGCUUGUCUCCAUUGGAGGAGUGGAUUACUUCUACUUAAAUGCUAUAACUCUGGGGAUUGUUUGCGCAGCUUUUCUAGUCUCUUUCUGGUUGCCCAUGCCCAAAAGGACCAUGUUCUUCAAAGCGGAAGAGGCUGUGGGCUCCCUGUCACAGAAGAAAGGGUCACUCAAAAACAAUGGACAGAGAGAUUCAGGGGCAGACAAGGAUGGAGAAUCCUUGGAUGAUGAAAAGACGGAGCAUGCUGGCGGUGCUGGCUGGUGCAGCAGGGAAAGUGUGAUCACUGCAGGUCCCUUACUUUGGAAAAGCUUUAAGGAAUCAUAUUCUUCUAGGCAUUUAGUGUACUGGUCCUUGUGGUGGGCAUUGGCCACGGCCGGCUACAUGCAAAUCUUUAACUACAUCCAGCUUAAGUGGGACCAUAUAGAACCAUCUGCCACGUCAUCUGUCUAUAACGGAGCUGUAGAAGCUGUAUCUUCUGUUGUUGGUGCUGCUGCAGCGUUCUCUGUGAGCUUCAUCAGAGUGACCUGGGCCACGUGGGGAGAGCUGACCCUGGGGCUCUUCUCGGCUGUAUGCUCAGGUGCUGUGUAUCUGAUGGCAUUCACAAGCAGUAUCUGGGCGUGCUACGCUGCAUAUGUCUUAUUCAAAUCCUGCUACAUGUUUCUCAUUACCAUCACAAUAUUUCAGAUAGCAUCCAACCUCUCCAUGGAGUGUUAUGCUUUGACGUUUGGGAUCAACACGUUCAUAGCCCUCUUACUGCAGACUAUUGUCACAGUCGUUGUUGUGGAUGAAACCGCACUGGGACUGGACAUCGUCACCCAGUUUAUCAUAUAUGGCAGCUACUAUGCUGCCAUCUCAGUUCUCUUUCUGAUCCGAGGGACCUACACCGCCUGUGUACGUCGGCGAUUUGUGGAUCAGACAGAAAUGAAAGGAAAAGGAAAAGAAUCAGGUGGAGAGGUGAUCUCCACUGAACGUUUCUGAUCAUAAUCAAUAAAACUAUUGUGCCUGAAAAAAAUCCUGACUGGCUUU